GAGAAAGCGCCCGCGGGACUGAGCGCGAUGCGGCGCGGGGCCGCCCCAGGAAAGACGCGAGGCGGCAACGCGGCCUGCUUGGUGUGGCGCGGAUAGAGGCGGCGGCGGCAGCGAGGAGCAGGGGGACGGACGAGGGCAGUUGCGCGCCAGAGGCCGGGCUCGGAGCCGAGCUUCCUUCGGCGGAGCAGCAGAGGCCGAGCCGCCUGCCUCGCCUGCCCUGGCGGUGGCGAUGUGAGGCCCGAGCCGGAAGCGGCCGCCGAGAAAGAGAGCGCGCAGCCAGCGGCGGCGAGAACCCCCCGAAGACUUGCCAAGCAGCGGCAGCGGCCCGGAGGCUGGGUCGAGCAGCCUUAGCCGCGUCAGGGCCCCGGCGGGAGCGGCGGGCUCCGCCGCCGGGCCCGGGUGGCUGCGUGUCGGAAGCGAGCCGGGCCCGGGCGAUGGAGACGCACAUCUCGUGCCUGUUCCCGGAGCUGCUGGCCAUGAUCUUCGGGUACCUCGAGGUCCGGGACAAGGGCCGGGUGGCGCAGGUGUGCACGGCCUGGAGGGACGCCGCCUACCACCGCUCGGUGUGGCGGGGCGUAGAGGCCAAGCUGCACCUGCGCCGUGCCAACCCAUCGCUCUUCCCCAGCCUGGCGGCCAGGGGGAUCCGGAGGGUGCAGAUCCUAUCACUGCGGCGCAGCCUCAGCUACGUGAUUCAGGGCAUGGCGGAGAUUGAGAGCCUCAACCUGAGCGGCUGCUACAACCUCACCGACAACGGGCUGGGCCACGCCUUCGUGGCAGAAAUCAGCUCGCUGAGGGCCCUGAACCUAAGCCUGUGCAAGCAGAUCACCGACAGCAGCCUGGGCCGCAUUGCCCAGUACCUAAAGGGUCUUGAGGUGCUGGAGCUGGGCGGUUGUAGCAACAUCACCAACACCGGCCUCCUGCUUAUCGCCUGGGGCUUGCAGCGCCUCAAGAGCCUCAACCUGCGUUCCUGCCGCCACCUUUCUGAUGUGGGCAUUGGGCACCUGGCAGGCAUGACCCGGAGUGCGGCAGAGGGCUGCCUGGGCCUGGAGCAGCUCACGCUGCAGGACUGCCAGAAGCUCAGCGACCUCUCGCUCAAGCAUCUGGCGCGGGGUCUCACUCGGUUGCGCCAGCUCAACCUCAGCUUUUGUGGGGGGAUCUCAGACGCAGGCCUACUGCACCUGUCGCACAUGAGCAGCCUGCGCACCCUGAACCUGCGUUCCUGUGACAAUAUCAGUGACACGGGCAUCAUGCAUCUGGCAAUGGGCAGCUUGCGUCUUUCAGGCUUGGACGUCUCCUUCUGUGACAAAGUGGGAGACCAAAGCCUGGCCUAUAUUGCACAGGGUUUGGAUGGGUUGCGCUCACUCUCCCUUUGCUCUUGCCACAUCAGCGACGAGGGCAUCAACCGUAUGGUGCGCCAGAUGCACGGACUGCGCACUCUCAACAUUGGCCAGUGCGUCCGCAUCACCGACAAGGGCCUGGAGCUCAUUGCAGAGCACCUCAGUCAGCUCACAGGCAUUGACCUCUAUGGUUGCACCCGCAUAACUAAACGGGGCCUGGAGCGUAUCACUCAACUGCCCUGCCUCAAGGUGCUCAACCUGGGACUUUGGCAAAUGACUGAGAGCGAGAAAGUCAGGUGAGAGGAGGGGACACCUGGAAAUCCCCACCCCUCUGGAGGGACUCAACAACUGACUGCUGCAGUGGAAGAGGUGGGGGAAAUAUGACUCCAAACCUGGAGGGUGGGGGAAAGUAUCAUCAGUACUUGCCUGUCUACCCCCUCAACUACCUGCCAUAGCAGUGGAGGUGGGAAAGAGGGGGAAACCCACCAUUCUUUCAUAAUUCCCUCCCCUGCACCAGUGGGAGACAACUGCACUCUUAUUAUCAGCCUUCACUGUGGAUGGAUACAGUAUCACUGUCCUUACCUUUUUCUAUUGGGAAUGCAGCUUCUCAAUCUUUUAUGCACUGGGGAUGAAUACAGCCCCUUUCUCUAAAUCUGAUUCCACCCCCCCAACCCCCUCUUCUGCACUAGGGAUGGAAGAAGAAAACCUAGCCCGCCAUUGUUGUUAUUUACUGCAGACCAGCUCUUUACUGAGCAUGCAUAAGUUAAGUCUAAUUCUUUCCCACUUCUUUUCCAUUAUUGCUUGUUCACCCAUUCCUAGUUUGCCUUUUGUAGUCAUCCACCCCUUUCUUUAUAUGGUAUGUAGACAAGCUGUAGAUAUCACAGGAACAUAGAAAGCUGACUUAUACAAAGUCAGGCCAUUGAUCCAUCUCAUUCAGUAUUAUCCACACUGACUAGUAGCAGCUCUCCAGAAACUCAGGCAGGAUCUUUCCCAGCCCUAUCAUACUACCUCUUCUGGGCCAUAAUAAUUCUAUUUUUCUCUUCCUGCCCCCCACCUUGUGCUUGAGGCUAGAAACAGCCAUGCUUUUUAGAUUUCCCUCCUGAGCAGGUGAUGUUCAGAUGCAGUGUCAACUGAAGUGCACUCAUACUUCUCACUGUUGCUUGCAGAAAAUGGGGAGGAGACAUCAAACACAGUAUUUCUCCCUUGGACUCAUUUUAUGCUGUAUCCAACCAACCCCAUCACCAUCUUUUCUUUGCUGCCAGUAAACAGUGCAACUCUAUGCAUAUUUACUUUGAAGUAAAUCCCACUGUUUUCAGUAGGCUGUACUCCCACGUAAAUGUGCGUAAGAUUGCAGUCUCAGUCUAGAGGUUGAAGUCACCUUUGUUCAACAUUUUAUAAUUCUCCCCCCCCCACCUCUCUCUCUCUCUCCUUACUCCAUCUUUCCCCUCCUUUUUUGUGUGUGUAGCUUGGGAUAAUAUAUACUUUUAACAACAUAUCCAACUACACAUCUUUUCCAUUUGGAGAAUUGAGGGUGUAUGAACGAUGGAAUUAAUUUUCACUUGUACUUUUCACUAGAAAUACUGUGACUGUCUUUUAUUUAGAAACACAUAACAAACAAAACUACUCUACAAAGCUUCCCUUUCCUGAAAAGUCUUGUGGGUGAGCUCAGCUUUUUUUAAAAUUCAUUCUCUUCUCUUCAGUAUUCAUCUUCAUACAUAGUCUAAUUUUGAAAGACAUUUGAAGUGGCUGUUCUUGUGGAUUUUUUAGUACACUUUUACUGCUUAAUAUAUUCUCUAUAUAAAUGUUUGGCUACCUCGGGUUUUGGGGUUUUGUUUUUGUUCUCAACCCCCCUCCCCCAGGAGUUUUUAUAAGAAAGAUAAGAGACUGAAAUAUUUUGUGCCUAGACUGGAAAGAUAAUCUCUUGGGUUUAUGAUUGCAAGGGGGGAGGCUGGUUGGGGUUUCUUUCCCGUGUCCCACAUACACAUCAUCUUUGUGCCUCUCCCUCUCUGACUAAGGUUCUGGGGACGCAACAGUGCUCUUGCAUUUCUACUCUUCUAGCACAAAAAGGUGUAACAUGUAAACAUCCAAACUUAUGAUUGGGCUAUGUUUAAAAGAGAUGUGAAAUAGAAACACCGUUUCUUUAAAUACACAAAUAUAUAUUAUGCAAAUCCCCACCUCCCCUUCUCUCAGAUUACCUAGGUCAAGUAAGAAGCUUCCUAUAUGGAAGUAGAAAGAAGAGCAGAGUAGACUGACUUGCAGUUGCAACAUGAAUGGGAAAAGUUGGUUUCAUUUAUUGUUUCUCUUCUCUCAUUAAAUUAAAGCCACUUCUUGACUACUUGUCUUUAAAAGGAGAAAUAAGUCAGCUUUGAAGAAAGCAAAAAUGAUGGGGGAAGAAGGGGCAGAUUUUCAAAUCCUCCACAGUUGCAGGUAAUGGAAUUCAGACAAGCCCAGACACAUAACCCCACCAUGGAAUAAAUGUACUGUUUGUGAAUUUGUAUAAAAUAAAGAUCCUCUUAAAACAUUUUAUAUUCUUACAGUAAAAGGUUAAACUGAUAUUUAUAUAAUAAAAGAGGAAAUAUGAAGUAU